UUUACCCAACUUUACCCAAGCAUGACACCGCGUGGAGACGUAUUCGCCUCGCGGCCCAGUUUGUGUUUGUGUGCCGCUCUGUUCAGUGAGAUCAUUGGCUGGGAGGGGUGUUACGUCACGAGACAGCAGUGACGGGGAUCCGCGCUUGUACGAAAGAUGGCUGAAGUGAUAUCUGACAGCGACAGUGAUGGGGAAAUUCGGGUGACAAGUCGACCCAAUCCACCCCCCAAACGUAGGCGCAUCAUUGACCCUUCAGCUAUCACAUCUGUCCCCAUUUACUCAAAUAAGGUGAACAGCAGCCUACAGCUGAAGCCAGCUAUUUUUAAAAAGGUGGACUGCACAGGAGAGGAUGAGGAAGCCAACCUAUGGUCCCCAUCCCCACCCAAGAGAAAGAACAAGCCAAUCAGCAUAACCCUGAGUGACUCAGAAGAGGAGCCAGAUAGAGAUGAAUCAGAACAAAAGAACGAGAAUGAGAAUCAAGAUGUCUUGCGAUCUUCUUCUCCACCCCCACCACCCCGUAGCCCACCUGUGAAGCGAACUAACCGUGCAGACAAAAAAAUAAGAGAGAUCAACAGGAAGCUGGAGGAAAUUGACUCUCUCAUGUGUCUUUCACCUGAAAGAGCAGAAGAUGCUCUUGAACAGAGUGACUGCCUCUCCCCCAAAAAUGACUAUGAUGAUGACGAUGACAUCAUAAUUAUUUCCUCUGAAGAUAAACAGAAAAGACGUCCCCCCAAACCCGAGCCCAGAACAGCAGCCCGUGAAAUUUCAUUAAAAUUCCGGUGGCGAACAGAUGUGUUCAAAGUUCCAGUGCUUUCGACAGACCGAUUGUAUAAGGCUGUGGAGCAGUUAUCUGCUAAACUUAAAGUCCUGCCUUCUCAAAUACUGCUACUGAGGCAAGACACUGAGCUCGCUGUGGACUGCACAGCCAGUGAGUUAGGUCUUGGCAUUGCUGACAUCAUAGACUGUGUUGUAAUAACAGAGGACAAAGAAGAAAGUAACAGCCGUGAUGUCAUCACUCUGCGGCUACAGGGCCAGGAGAAAGGAUCUGCACAAGAAUAUUCUUUACAUAAGGAUGCUCCUCUGGGUUCUAUCCUUUCUCAGUACACAUCAGGCCUGUCUGCUAUAGCUAAGCGGCGGGUCAAAUUCCUCUUUGAUGGGUCAAAGGUGACACCUAGUCAAACACCUUCACAACUGGAUAUGGAGAAUGGAGAUGUCAUUGAAGUCUGGACCUGAGUAAUAACGCCAGACCUCAUUUCUUCAAAUAAAGUGCUGUUUUAUAUAAAUUGGCUCAUUUCAUGUUUUCCUCACAAGGAUAUGAAGUGAAAAUGUAUAUGUGUAAAGUUGGAUUUCGAUUUAUAUUUUAAUAAACGUGAAUGUAGAUUAAAA